CAUACUAGUCGUAAAUAUAAAUUAUAGUUCCAGUUAUCAAAACUUUCCUUAAGGAUCUAUAUUCUGUUAUGAAACAAGAAUGUUUAGUUAUGGUUCCCAUGCUCCUAAAAAUGAUAUAAUUUAGUUAUAUGUCUUUCAGUACACAAGUACUGCGCAAUGUAAUUAUAAUAUUCUUACAUGGAUUCAGAAUGAAGUGAAAUACAAUUUUGUAAUAGUUUACGUAUCUAGUCAAGUAAUGUGCCACAAAAGCUGUAACAUCCCACCUACAAGGCCAAAGACAUAUUUCAUUCUGAAUAAGUGAUGUAAAUCCUGAGCAUGUAAGUUACCAAAAUAAUUGGCCAUAAGCAUGAAGGAGAAACACAGAACAUGGAAGUCAUAACAGUAAAUAUAAAAGAUUUUAAGAUAUACAUAUGGAGGUUAUUUAUACAUGUAGUUUGUUAGGUUUGUUCACAUGUCUUAAUGUAGGAUAAUUAGACUACAGUAAAUGUUUAAAGAAGAAAACAUUUGCACUUCUUGUUCACAUGAACCAAAGAUCUUGCCAUAUUAGAACAUGUUAAGUCCUUGUAGCUUUGUAGGUAGUAAAUUUUAUUUUUCACCAAAGCUGUAGUUACACAUAUGUCCUGAACGGGUUAGAUUUGAGUUUAGGAUCAAGGUGUUUGUAAUUGAAAUGAAGAAAUGAUUAGUGCAUCAAACACAAAGGAAAAGCGCCACCAGUGUGAAACUUGUAGCAAAGCAUUUGCUACAAGUGCUGACCUCACAAAGCAUAGACGUGUGCAUACUGGAGAGAAACCCUACUCAUGUGCAGAAUGUGGUGCAGCCUUUAGUCAAGCAGGUGGGCUCCGCACACACAUUCUGGGUCGUCAUAACAGUGAUGGCCCAACUUUUCAUUGUCAUUACUGUGGCAAGACAUUUCCUGUAAAGGAACGACUGAGACUGCACUUGCGUACACACACUGGUGAACGCCCUUAUUCUUGUGACCUUUGUAAAAAAACCUUUGCUCGUGUUGGACAGCUUGCCCAGCAUUCACAAACUCACACCGGGGCACGUCCUUACCGCUGUGACCGAUGUCCAGCUGCUUACUCUUGUGCAACCAACCUUAAAACUCAUCUUAAACGUCAUUUGGGGCAACGUGAUCAUGUGUGCCAUGAGUGUGGGAAAACCUUUGCACGGCGUGAUGGUUUACAAAAGCACCUUGCUUGUCUACAUGCAAACCAAAGGUCUUUCCAUUGUGCAGUAUGUCGCAAGGAUCUGAAAGGGCAUCUUCUGCAACACCUGCGAACCCAUUUGCAUGAGAAACCUCAUGCUUGUCCAGAUUGCAAAGCCAGUUUUGCUCAACGAUCUCAGUUGACUGUGCAUCAGCGCACUCAUUCAGGCGAUAAGCCAUACAGGUGCCCAGUGUGUCGUCAGGCAUUCUCCCACUCUACAGCCCUUAAGCUACACCUGCGUCGUCACACAGGUGAGAAACCAUUCCGCUGCCCUCUUUGUCCUUCCACUGGAUUUGUCCAGUUACCGCACUUGAAGAAACACAUGCGCUGCAUUCACAAGACAGACAAGCCAUACCUUUGUCUUGGCUGUCGCAGUUUCUUCAAGACAAAAAAUGAACUUGACAGUCAUGAGCAGAAUUCACUGAAGUGUCUAGAAGCCCGUUCCUCCAGUGCAAAAACAGAAUCCACUUCCAAGGGUACAGAUAACUCCCCCAUAGAUCCUGUCAUGCCUGUUAACCGAAUGCGUGUACUUCUGGCUGUACUGCUGAAACGCAUAUCAACUCCAGCACGUCUUGAUGCGUUGGGAUUUGGUAGACGACUCAUUGAUGAAGUUCUUUGUGAGUCUAUAGAGAGCUCAGGUCGUAAGGCAUGUUCGGAUCUUGCAGAUGAAGGUGAACGUUUACGUAAAAAUGUUGAAAUCCUACUGGAUUGGACAGUACCAAAACAGUACAUGGAGAGAUUUCGACGGGAAAGUCGUUCGACAGAGGAGUUAUUGGAGGAACUGACAUCGUGACAAAUCUCAAUUAUUAUUUAUGAAUGUUGCCUUCACAGAAUAUUCAGCCUUGAUCAGUGUAGUUGAAAUCAGAUUGGGUUUGCUGUGAAAUAUGAAUUAUGUUCACGGAUCUCAGCAUAAUAAUAAUAAGCUUUGAUUACCAUCAUCAGACAAGUUACUUCAUCUGUGUAAAUUUAAUUAUGUAGAAUCCCAGUGGUAUGAUUUUUUCUGCAUUCAAAAUUGGAUAUAAGUAAUUACUAGUGUCAGGCUAGUACACCUUGAUCGGUGCUCACAAUUAACAUUAUUGCCUGUCUGGUAACCAAACAAGAAUUUUAGCGUUAUCAAUUUAUAAUGAAGGAAGGAUUGAAGCUUUCUGUCUUCUGGGUUGUUGCUCUGUGUAGUCUGGUCGAUGUUAACUGAUGAAUCGCCCUGAUGACGGAGGUAGUAUGACCUCUGAAACGUUGGUUAACAUGGGCCAGACUCACAGCGCAACAACCCAGAAGACAGAAAGCUUCAUACUCACCGCUGUGAAAACCUCAAAUAUUAUGAAGGAAGGAUUGUUUACAAAACAUCCGGAGUUAGUAACAUUUCAUUUGUUGUCUUAACCUUUCAUUCUUAAUGAAAUGCUACAAGGAAAUGGAUUAUUUAUCUGCUGAUUGUAUUUACUUACAUUUUAGCGUGGAAUGUUAAAACACUGCUUGUACAUUUUGAUUUUGAUGUAUGACAAAAUAUUUUUAAUUUCAGAUUUAGCCAUAGUAAAUAAUCAGAGGGCUAAGACUGUGUACUAGUUGCAUACUGAUUAAUUAUUUGGAAUUUUAGGUUCCUCAUGAACUGAUACCAUGAGGUAAAAUGUGACAGUAACUAUACUUAUCAUGCUAAUCCUUUGUGAUCCAGUAUUUAUAUUCUGUAUGGAUUAGUGUGUUUUUCACUGUUGGGUAUGGAAGUGCAAAGGAUUAAUGACAAUAUUUUGAGGUUAUCUUAUUUACUUUUUAUGAAAUGUAGCAACCAAUAAUACGGUACUGAAACUGGAAUUACCUUGGUAAACAUAGUGAAUAUUUUUGUUAUUUUGAUUUGCAUGCUACAGAUUUUUUA